AUGGACAGCCCUAUGUACAAGGAGCCGGUGUUGGAUCGUGUGUUGCGGACUCUCAGGCAUUUUGGGCAAAUGUGUGCCGGCCGUCAUGUUCUCACUUCUACGCCAGGAUACCGCGCAGGGAAUCUGUACAACUUUUUGACCUUCAAUGGUGCGGGCAGUUUACAAUUGCUUACUAUCUUCAAAGAUUGCCACACUUGUUUCGUUGGGCGUUAUCUCCAUGCUCUUCACGGAUAUGGCUGUGGCAUGUGGCGUCGUGUGUCAACGUUUAACCGCCGUGCCAUGUACUGCGACUUCAUCUUCCACGUGUUCUGCGGCGGCACUCCCUCGUACCAGAUGUACGAUGACUCAUGCGGCAGGGUGCUCGGCCUGAACGGUACCUCCAAGCAGAAGAAUUAAUCUGUUGCGGACGAGUUAUUGGCCCUCUCCUGAGCAUGUAACAGGCCAGUACACUUACUGAAA